AUGAGUGGAAACCUUGGUUCCGAGACCAGCCAGAUAGUGGCAGAUUCCCACGCAGGGGUCGAUGACUCGCCUCAAUUAACGAAGAGAAAUGUUGGAGCAAAGAAAGAUACUGAGCCCCAAAAUAAAACGAAAUCUGAUAAAUUAAAUGGUAGUUCAACGAUCUCUUUGUCUGAAGAAGAAAAAAAACCUCUGUCUUCACAGAUCUAUGGCCGAACGCCUUCUGGUCAAGUAUUUCCCGUUCCCGAGACUCAUGAUAUGGUUCGUAACCUACUGGACCCUAGAUUAAAGAAGUCAUUAUCUGAAUUGGCCAUUGUAUCGAUUCUGUUGUCCUAUGUGGUUCUUUACUUCUGGCUUCCAGCCAAGGCACGCCCCUGGGUCUUCUUCUUCAUGUUUGCUUUCUGGAGAGCUGCUUAUAAUGCUGGUAUCGGUUGGCUACUCUCUGAACAGUCAAAUCAUAAGACUUUGACUCGAUGGGCUCAAGAUUUAAAUCUAUUCGACAAAGAGAAAAGCGGUAAUUCCACUCUUCAUCAAUUGAUUAAACGAGAUUUGUCUGUGAAAUUUACCAAUGAUCCCGUUUAUGACUUCUACAAGGUCCCUCUCGAAUACAACACCUGGUUGGUGUUUCGUAACUUCGUUGAUCUCGUAUUGAUGAGUGAUUUUACCUGUUAUAUGUUGCUGGCAUUCAGCUGUGCAUCUUCUACGAGUCAUUCGUGGAUUGUAGUAAUUGGUAGAUGGACGGCCGGAAUAAUUCUGUUCCUGUUCAAUCUGUGGGUGAAAUUGGAUGCUCAUAGAGUUGUUAAAGACUAUGCCUGGUAUUGGGGUGACUUCUUCUUCCUUGAAGAUGUCAAUCUUACAUUUGACGGUGUAUUUGAAAUGGCCCCUCACCCUAUGUACUCAAUUGGAUAUGCUGGUUUCUAUGGAAUCUCACUUAUGGCAGCAUCGUAUACUCUUUUCUUUGCUUCUGUAUUAGCGCAUGCUGCUCAGUUUGCAUUUCUGAUUAUUGUGGAAAACCCACACAUUGAGAAAACUUACAAUCCGCCUGUUCCAGUUGCGAAACGAGACGGAACUCGCCGUAGUUCUCGCAAAUCAAGAACCAGCAUCAAUGGAAGUGGAAAUAUCACUACCGGGAUCGACAGUGCUUCUCUUCCUGCUACUGCUAUUGAAGAUGACCACGAUGUAAACUCUGCCUCUGCCAAUCAUCAUGUUGUUAGUGAAGAGGAUCUGUAUUCUAAACCACGUUCGAAGGCUCUCCUUGUGUUCUACGAGUUUAAUAUAACACGAUCGUCUGAUAUUUUACUCGUUCUUCUCACAUUAUAUGCUUCUUCAUUGUACUUCACUCCCAACAACUACUUCUGGUACACUGUCACAUUUACAUCGGCUUUAUUCUGGCGAUUGUUCCAUAAUGCUGGUUUGGGAUAUCUCCUUCGUAAACAGAGUGAGAGCAAGUAUUGGACCCGUAUUUUCCUCAAGUUUGGUCUGACUCCUCUGGAUGCCUAUGAGCAAUGGCAGGUUAUAUACAACUUCAGUACAGUUAUGUCAUAUGUUAGUUUUAUUGUUGUUUGCCUUCGUCAGUGGUCCUCGCCAGUUGACAUCCCGUUCUGGCCUUUCAGAUAUAUCCUCGGUAUUAUGCUUAUCAUCCUACAAAUGUGGACUUCGUUUUCUAUUUACGAAUCUCUAGGAGAGUAUGGUUGGUUUUUUGGGGACUUUUUCUAUACAAAGCUAUCUCAAAAGUUGACCUACUCGGGUAUUUACAGAUAUCUCAAUAACCCCGAGAGACUAUUUGGCAUUGCAGGAGUAUGGGGUAUGGCUCUUCUUUCUAACUCAUCUUCUGUGACGUUUUUGGCCUUCAUUUGGACCUUUGGCGGUAUUGCAUUUAUCAGAUUUGUGGAACAACCACAUAUGCAAAAGUUAUAUGGUAGUCAAAUCAGGCGUGAGGCAGGUGUUACCAAAACCAUUCGACAGGCUACUAAACUGGCAGCUCCACAAUUUGAAAGUAGAGUUAACCAUUUCCAGGGUUCAUUCGAUAAGGUUAUUUCAGAUACAAAGCUAGCAGUUGAAGGAUUCCUAAAUCAAGCAAAGCCCCGUAUCUCGGGCGUAAAGGGUGUCGUUGAAGAUACAAAAGUUUUACUGAAGCAAUAUCCUGCUAGAAUGACCAUUGUACGUGUCUCCGAUGACAUUCAUGUGGAUACCUCUUUGUAUUCAUUAACUAUAUCUGGCGCCACCGGUGGAUUAAAUCAUAUUCCCGGAUCUUCCAGUAUUAAUCAAGACAACAAUCCUAUUGCCCGGUUUGAGUAUGGUACACCGCUAACGGUCUCGUGGACUGCCGACCCUAAACAUUCAAAUAAAGAUUGGAUCGGCUUGUAUCGUCUGACUGACAAUACCCAUCCAGAAGUCACUCGUGUUUCGAGUGCCGGUAGAUGGUCUGCCGUGGACAAGUCCGGCUAUUUGGACCACACAGAUUCUAUUAUAGAGGACAAUUUCGAUCACGGUAAGGUGGUUUUCUCUGGCAAUACGCUGUUCUGGCAGAAGGGCGUCUAUGAGUUCAGAUAUCACCAUGAUGGUAAGCAUAAUGUUAUGGCAUGCUCUCCACCUUUCGAAAUUGUGGCUACUCCGGAGUCAAUUGUAGAUGAUGGCGAUGGUGGAAAUAGUAUCGAACGUACUGCUGAAGGUUUGUUAAAGCUUGUGAGAAGAUGCUAUGAAGACAGUAAUCUCGAGGCGCCUGAAGAUAUCGAUGAUAGUUUGAUGUUGACAGAUAACUCACCUGUCGUGGCUAGAAUUGCCUAUGGAAUCAAGGAAGUAUAUGGUGUUGAACUGGCUCCAGCUGUUAUAGUUGCUGACGAUGAUGUGCGCGAGUUGGCUACCAGAUUGCGCAAAGUCAAUAUUGCUUUGCGCCCGUUCGUCACAGCUACUUCAUCACCUCCAUCUGAGCCAUGA